AUGGUCAAGCUUACUCUUCCCUUUGUUAUUCUCGGCUUGGGCCUUGCUACUGCUGCUUCGGCUUUGGAAGGGCAUCCAAUUGGCGAAUGGGUCUACGAAAACCCUUACAAGGAAACGGGCGCUAUUGGCGAUGCCAACCUCGACAAGGCCAUCGCCGAUAUCGACGAUGGACGACUGUGGACACUACGUGAUGCCGUCUACAAGUGGGCUACUGACAAGUUUGAUCCUCUCUUUAACAACUUAAUGGGUAUUUGCGAAGAAGAGUCCACAGAGUGCAACAAGUUGGGCCAGAUUUGCAACCUCGAUACUCCUGGCUGCCGCAGGAUCAAACAAGGUGAAGAGAGGGAUAAUGUGAUGGAAUACUUCGGAGCUUCCUACUUAACCAUCUUGACCCACGGCAGGUGCGACAAAGCCAGUCGGGCCGAAAAAUGGUGUAGCCAAUUGGGCCUGUGCAACAAGUACUACGUCAAGGAUGACAAAAAAUGCUUGAAUUUGGACCUUAGCCAGGGAUCGGAGGAUGUUAGGAAAGUCAUGGCGCAUUCCAAACCCAGCAAUGGAAAUGCCUUUCCUGUCGAGUUCGAUGUUCCCGAGGGAAGUUACAUUUUGACCCAGAAGAAGAAGGAGGAAAACUGA